GCGCCCCCUGGUGAUGCCGCUUCCGCCCUGUCUCCCGGCGUCCCCUGGCCGGGGUGUGACGUCGGUUCCGGCGUGUCCCGGAGCCGAGGCGGAUCGGGGCUCCGGAGCCUCCGGCGCGGCGGAACCCGGCAGCGGCCGGGGCGGCGCAGGCCCUGACAAUGUCGGACGGGAUCAUGAGCAAGGCUGCCACCAUGGAGAUCCCCAUCAGCAGCAACGGGGACGCCGGCAGCCUGCCAGAGGAUGACGGCCUGGAGCAGGACCUGCAGCAGGUGAUGGUGUCGGGGCCCAACCUCAACGAAACCAGCAUUGUGUCUGGCGGCUAUGGAGGCACCGCCGAGGGCAUCAUCCCCACCAGCACUAUCAAAGGCUCCGGGCUGCACCAGCCCCAUCCCAGCCCGGCCGUGGGAGGAGAGGAAGUUGUCCGUGGCAUCGCAGUGGAGAAGUUUGACAUCGUCAAGAAAUGGGGCAUCAACACGUACAAGUGCACCAAGCAGCUGAUCUCGGAGAGGUUCGGCCGGGGCUCCCGCACGGUGGACCUGGAGCUGGAGACGCAAAUCGAGCUGCUCCGGGAGACGAAGCGCAAGUACGAGUGUGUGCUGCAGCUCGCGCGGGCUCUCACCAACCACUUCUACAGCCUGGUGCAGACGCAGCAUGCCCUGGGGGACGCCUUUGCGGACCUCAGCCAGAAGUCUCCCGAGCUGCAGGAGGAGUUUGGCUACAACGCAGAAACGCAGAAACUGCUCUGCAAGAAUGGAGAAACACUACUGGGAGCAGUCAACUUCUUCGUCUCCAGCAUCAACACACUGGUGAACAAGACCAUGGAGGACACGCUCAUGACAGUCAAACAGUACGAGACAGCCAGGCUGGAGUACGAUGCGUACCGCACAGACCUGGAGGAGCUGAGCAUGGGCCCGCGGGAUGCCAGCACCCUGUGCCGGCUGGACGCAGCCCAGAGCCAGUUCCAGAGCCACAAGGACAAGUAUGAAAAGCUGCGUGCUGACGUGGCCAUCAAGCUGAAGUUCCUGGAGGAGAACAAGAUCAAGGUGAUGCACAAGCAGCUGCUGCUCUUCCACAACGCCAUCUCUGCCUACUUCGCGGGGAACCAGCAGCAGUUGGAGCAGACCCUCAAGCAGUUCAACAUCAAGCUGAAGACCCCGGGUGCUGAGAAGCCCUCCUGGCUGGAGGAGCAGUGAGUCCCUCCAGCCUCCCCCUCCUCGUGCUCUGGACGGGGAAACCACGGACCUGAAUUCUGACCUCUGACCGUUGGUGCAGGGCCAGACCGCGUACGCGAGCGGGGGACGCGGCCUCGGCCCUGCUGCAGCCCGGGGACCCACCUACAGGGCCAGGGGGGCCCUGGUUUGGGGGGAAACGGGAGGCUCUGGGCAGGUUCCUGGUGCUGCCCGGGGAGAGGAGCCUGGGAAGGCUGGGGCUCCCCCAUCCUGCAUCUCCUCUUUGGGGCAGAGUCCGGCCCUGCCCAGUUGCCCUCCCUGAGCGCAGGCCCCUCAGCAGGACAGCCGGGAGCCCUCCUUAUCUCCCCGGCACCCGAAGGGGCAGCGGACACCCUCCCUCUCCGGGGCGGGACACUCCAGACCCCGCCGCGCGCCCUGGGAGAUGGGGUGGGACAGGCAGCUCUCCCACCGCCUGCCCUUCGGGGCGGCCGGGGUGUGCUCCCCACGUCCCUGCCUGCUUCCCCCGCUGGGCCUCCUUCCCGACAGCCCACGGUCUGACGCAGCGAGGGCCCAGCCGGGCCAGGAAUACCCCUGCCCUGCGGCAAAAGUGUUUAUUUUCACAUGAAGACGAAGCUACAGAGGGAUAGCAGCAGGACGCCCGGGUCCCCUCCCCGUCCCCCUGAGCGGGGCAGGUUGUGGGUCCAGCCAUGCUGGGGCUGGCAGCCGGGUCUCCUGGGGUCCUGCCCCAGCUUUAGGCUGGCUCCGUUUCCCUCCCUCGCUGAUCUCCGGCGUCUCCCGGGCGGCUGCAGUUCAGCUGCUCCCGCGCUCCCUCUGCCAGCCGGGCCGGGGGGGCGGCUGCCCCCAGCCUCGCACUACACUCCCGUGUGCGCGGGGCGAGGCGUUUCCCUUUGCACUUCCCAUGUCCUCUGGCCGGGCGGUGCUCCCCAGGGACGCGGCCGUCGCUCCGAGGCGGGGACGGGCCCGCCGGGCUGGUCGCUGGCCCACCGGAGAGGGGGCUCGGCACGCUGCUAGCUGGGAUGCGGAUCCUCCUCUCGCCACCCUGCCCGCUUGGGCCCUGAACGGGGCCCUGCUUCACCCAGCCCCUGCAGGGACUCGCGCCCUGGCACGAGAGCUGUGGUCACUCGAACCAAGGACCAAACAGCGGCUGUGUCCCGGGGCGGGUGCGUGUGCGGGUGCGUGUGCAUGUGCGUGGGGGGGGUCGGGUGCGUGUGCCACGCACAGCGGGGCUCGGGGUGCAGCCAGCGUCCCGCACGUGAGAGCUUUGUCCUGCUCCAGCUCGUCGUUGCCUCUAGCCCUGGCCACAUGCAGCACUUGGGCACUUUCUCCUGAGAUGAAACAGUUUGUUUUUCUUGCUAAUUUAAUCCCUGGUAAUUUAAUGUCUGGAUCUGACCCCCUCCCUUCCCCGGUGAAGGUCUGACCCCCCUCUUCCCUCCCCCCUUCUGUAAAGAUUCCAGAAUAAAACGGUACAAAUCA